AGUGCAGAGACCGACAUCGUUCUAAACCCCAAACAAAACCCUUUAACCCAGCGACGCCGUUUCUCGCUCUCUCUUUCUCCGGCACGCCGCCGCCAACUCCGUCGUCAAAAGAGAUUGAAGCCGCGUCUCUAGACAAGAUGGGUGAGAUUCAAGAGAACGACGCUCUUCCAAAGAACAAGCCUUCCACUGAACAGGACAUUACUGAUGAGCUAGACCUGAGAAUAAAGAAGUAUCUCAGAGGGGAAGUUGCUAAUUUGGAGGUUUUGAAGGAUAAAAAGCUGAAGAGUCAACUAGCUGUUAAAGAAGAAUUAUAUGGAAAAUCUGCAAAAGCUGCUGCCAAGGCUGAGAAGUGGCUUAUGCCUAGUGAGGGAGGUUAUCUGGAGACUGAAGGAAUAGAGAAGACAUGGAGGAUUAAGCAGGAGGCAAUUGCUCGUGAAGUAGAUAUCUUAAGCUCUAGGAAGCAAUAUGAUAUUGUUUUACCAGAACUUGGUCCAUACACUCUGGAUUUUACUUCAAGUGGCCGGUAUAUGGCUGUUGGUGGUCGUAAGGGCCAUCUGGGAAUUGUGGACAUGAUAAAUCUGAGCCUAAUCAGAGAGUUUCAGGUAAGAGAAACAGUGCGUGAUGUGGCAUUCUUGCACAAUGAGCUCUUUUUUGCUGCUGCCCAGAAAAAGUAUCCGUACAUCUAUAAUCGAGAAGGCAUAGAGCUUCACUGCCUCAAGGAACAUGGUCCAGUGUUAAGGCUUCAGUUUCUGAAAAACCAUUUUCUCUUGGCUUCAAUCAACAAAUUUGGACAGCUUCGUUAUCAGGAUGUUACAAUGGGUACCAUGGUUGGUAAUUUUCGAACUGGCUUAGGAUGUACAAAUGUGAUGCAAGUGAACCCCUUCAAUGGGGUUGUUUCUUUAGGUCAUUCGAGUGGUACAGUUACUAUGUGGAAGCCAACCAGCUCUUCUCCUCUUGUUAAGAUGCUAUGUCAUCAUGGAUCUGUCUCGGCGUUGGCAUUUCACUCAAAUGGCACCUUAAUGGCCACUGCCGGGAAAGAUAAAAAAAUUAAGCUUUGGGACUUGAGGAAAUUUGAAGUUCUUCAAACAUUACCAGGUCAUGCAAAUACUUUGGAUUUUAGUCAAAAAGGCUUGCUUGCUUGUGGUAAUGGUUCAUAUAUCCAGGUUCUGCGUGAUGAUUCUGGAACACAGAAUUAUUCCAAGUAUAUGACUCAUUCGAUGGUGAAGGGUUACCAGAUAGGAAAAUUAGUAUUUCGACCAUAUGAAGAUGUUCUUGGCAUAGGGCAUUCAAUGGGUUGGUCUAGUAUUCUUAUUCCAGGAGCAGGAGAACCCAACUUCGACUCAUGGGUUGCAAACCCAUUUGAAACAUCUAAACAGAGGAGAGAAAAGGAAAUACGGUCUCUUCUUGAUAAACUUCCACCCGAGACUAUCAUGCUUGAUCCCAGCAAGAUUGGUACGGUGAAACCAACAAGAAAAGACCAGUCAACAAAUCAACAGAGGGAGGAUGAGAUGGAAGCUGCCGUUGAAGCUGCUAAGGGUAUAAAACUGAAGAAGAAAACGAAAGGAAGAAACAAGUCAGGUAAAAGGGUACAGAAAAAGCAAGAUGCAGUUGCUAGAGUGAAGAGGCCCUACUUGGAGCAGAAAAUUCAAGAAGAGGAAAACAUAUCGAGAAAGAAGCAAAAAACUAGUGAGGGUGUUGAACUACCGAAAUCUUUACAGCGAUUUGCUCGCAAGAAAGCAUCUUGAUUAUUAAACUCAGUCAAAUUGAGUCAUGUAUUUUUCUUUCUUUUUUGCCCCCCUAUUAGUUUUGAAGCUUCUUAUUUGUAUUUGUUGUUGCCUUUAUAUUUGUAGCCUUUGAUGUCGAUAUUUCUUGCCUUUUAGGUGAAGGCAUAUCCAAAUUUUGCGUUUAAUGUCUCUCUAGUUUUUUUAAUAUCCAAAUAUCUUCUUUG